AUGCUCCCCUUGCCUCAGGAGGCAGCGGCUCGGGAGCUGGCCGCCUUCCAACUCAGCACGGCGACGCGCAGCGGGCGGGAGACGGUGGUCGCCCAGGAGGCGGCCGCCGCCGACACCGCUCGGGUCUCUGCGGCUGCGCAGCGUGCUCAGCAGGAGGAGAGGGAGGAGAGGGAGCGGCAGGCGGCGUACAGCCGUGCCGCUGCGCAGCAGGCAGCCCAGCUGCGUGAGGAGAGGGAGAGGUCCCGGCAGGAGUACGACGCGCGACAGGCCCGGCUCGAGGCCGAGAUGGUGGAGCGGGAGGCCGCGGAGCGGGCGACCAUCGCCGCGCAGCGCGCUGAAGCCGCCGCGCAAGCCGCCCGGGCUCAGAGGGAGGCUGAGGCUGCUGCGGAGCUGGAGGCUAAGGAGCGUGCAGAGCGUGCUGCGGCCGAGCUGGCUGCGGCGCAGGCCGCCGAGAGGCAAGCUGCGGAGGAGCGGCAGAGGCUGCGCAGGGCCAUGCAAACGUUUGCCUACAGGCUGGAUGGGGAGGUCACGCUCCAGCGCCCGCCCAAGGGGACAACGGUGAUGCGUGGCCCGCUGGUGCAGGAGGCCACCCUGAGGGUGGCCACCUCUUGCGGCAGCAUCCUGGGCGGCCCCGGGUCCGACCUGCCCUGGACCGCCGACUUUGCCGCUGCGGCCGAGGCGGGGGACCCCACCCUGGCGGUGCCCGGGCUGGCCGGCUGCUACCGGGAGGCCGCCGAGGGGGCGCUGGGCGCGCUGCGGCUGCAGGCCUCCACAGGGUCAGGCGGUCCGCUGGGCCACAGCGGCGUGGACCCUGCGCUGAUAGAGCAGUGGGUCACGCUGGGCACGCUGCAGGCCUGCGUCGCCGCGCUGGGCGUGCUGCGCCCCCUGGUGGAGGCCUUUGUGCGGGGCGGGGAGCCAGCCCCCGCCCGCUUCUCCGUGAAGGCCGGCAUCCGGGCGCUGCCGGCCGACCACCCCGGGGCUGCGAGCUUGGCGGUGCAUCGCGCGGUCCAGGCGCUGGGGGCGCAGGACUCGGAAGCGCUGCGCGCCUCGCUGGCGCUGCUGGCGGAGGAGGAGCUAGCCCUGGCGGCGGAGGACCUGCAGAGCGUGGAGGACGGGGUGUUCAACGCCUGCUUCACAGGUCAGCCCGGACGAUUCGUGGGCCUGGCCCUGGCUGUGGCCAGGGUGCUGGCCAUGGUGGAGCUGGUGCAGGAGGGCGAUGAGGACAAGGAAGCCGCGUGGAAGGCGCUGCGCGGGGCGCUGCGCUGCGGGGCGCAGACCGCAGCCAGCGACACGCUGCAGGUCCCCGCCGCCCUCCUGGCAGCGGCGCUCCCGCCCGAGCACCGGCUCGUAGAGGCGCUGGGCCACAUGUCGGAGGCCAACUUGUCGCCCGCCCAGAAGAAAGCGCGCCUGGAGCGCGAGCGCGCUCUGCAGGCGGCAGCUGCCGCGCAGCUUCUCGAGGAGGACUGGGUGGACGAGGCUGCCGUUAAGGCCACCCGCAUUGCGGAACAGCAGAAGCAGGUUCCGUAUGCGGAGAGGAUCUGGGCCCUGACCAACGUCGCCGGCACUCUGGCCAUGGGGGGCCCGGGGGAGACGGAGCAGGCCCGGCGCCUGGCCGAGCAGGCGGUGUCCCUGAAGCAGGAGUGGAUCGGCGCACCUCGACAUCCAUGCCUGCUCCCCGAGUUCCUGUUGCUGGUGGACAUCCUGUCCAGGAACCUGGAAUGGGAGCGGGACGCGGCAGGGCUGGCAGGGGUCAUCCUCAGGAUCGUGAUUGAGGUGGCCGAUGCGUACGCGGAGGCCCAGGACCCACUCUCGGGGGUGAUCCUGCUGGAAGGCGCGCAGCAGAGGUUGGCCGAGAUCGCGGGCCUGAGGAAUCCGGCCCUGAAGGCGGCCUCCCGGGCCUCGGAGCGGCUCCAGGUCCAGCUGACCCCCGCCCAGCUGGAGGCGCUGGUGGGGUUGAGAAAGCGCGUCGCGCCGCGCGCCCUUCAGCGCGUGGCAGGCGCGCUGGCCGAGAAGCUGGGCGUUCAGGGCCCCAUCGUACAGCGCAGCAAGAUCGAGGAGUGGGCACGCAGGGGGGUCGCCCUCCUGGGGCCCCUGACUUAG